AUGCAUCAACUGGAAGCAACCUAUCAGCAACUAGGACGGGUGCUUGAGGAACUCAAACGAGAGAUCAACCAAGAGGGGGGUAGCUCAGCGCAAGAUGGAGGAGAGGCCGCGACCCGUCAAGUGAAACAGGAACGGACCCAGCCGACCAGAGUUAAAACUGAGAAUGCAAAUGAAGAGCGCAGUGGUGUUGGCCACACGCCCUCUACAGAGCAAACGGGACCGUCGACCUUGACGGAUGAAGACGUGAGCACACUGGAAGCGGAAAACUGCCUGCCUCCACGAAGUGAGGAAGCGAAAGGCGGUGACAUCGGAAACGAGAGGGACCAAACGGCGAGUAAAGGAUGUCGUUAUCCGCUUGAGAAAGCGAGCAGAAGCGACGACGAGCGACGCUCUUGGGAGUCUGUGCGGUUGGCACUGAGUGCAGCCAUCAAGCUGGAGGAGAACGAAAACGCUGGAGAUGGUGACUUGCGGUCAUUUCUGACUGCCGUUGCUGAGGCGGGAAGGGCCCUCAUUGACAUCAAAACACGGGAACCUGCUCGAGCAGAGCGCCAUUUGGAGGACAUGGAAUUGAUGAUGAGUGUUGUGGCGGGGAAUCUGGAUGGGCGCUGGGGUGUUGGUGAAGUGAAUUCGGCAUGGACAGCGCUUAAAGUAGUCAAGCAGGUUCACGAACUCUACCCGAAGAAAACGAAGAACCUGCUUCGGAUCUGCCACCAAGUCCGUCAGUUUAUUGUGAAGAAGUGCAUGGUGCCUGAUGCAGUGGUGGCCGACUUGAAAGUCCAACCGCUUCGGACACUAGACAGUGACCGUGGGGGGAAUUUCUUCACUGGGAUUUCUGUUAAACACUUUGAUUCGUUGAUGAUUCUCGUAAACGAGCUUCUCGAUGGGCGAUAUGAAAACUGGAAUCCGUACAACGACGCAAUAAUUGGCAGAGUAUUGACGAGGAUUCGAUGCCUCGCUUCAUUUCAAAAAGGAGAUGCGUGGAAUGGUCGCUACGAAGCUGUUUGCAAGGCCUGCAGUAAGAUGUCUGCCUCCACUUUCGAGUGGACAGUUGAUCUGAUGUCAACACUACCCAGUACGGCCGCAAUAUCUGCUGUCGGCGAAGAAGGUUUCAAAGAUCAGCAACGUGUACAGCAGGAUUUCGAGUACGUUACCAGUUAUGAAGAGGAAAGUCGUGGUUUGACUGACACUGCGGAAAAGCUCGGCGCUUUCGAAGAACUUGUGGACCGAAUGGAAUGGUUUUUCACUGCGGUCUGA